UUAUUCGUUCGCGCCAACGCAUUCGAGUCGGUUCGCCUCGACAUCGCGAACACAUUAUCGUAUAACCUUCUUCCGAUUUCAAAUAUAACCUUCGACAGCCUUCUUCCAAUUUCACGCUGUCCAUACCUGAGAAAGUGUUUGUUUAAACUGUCGCUGUUCCUGGAUUUCAGCCUAUACACUAUUCACCUACAUAAUCGUUGACUACCGAUAUUAGGACUCUGAUCACGCGCUCAGCAGUGAAUAUGAUAACCAGGUACCGGUGUAGCAGUAUCUUUUUCGUGCUGACUUAUUUCCUUUUUCAGGUUCUUAAUUACGUUUACGUAAAUGGUCAUGGACGUUUAAUGGAUCCACCAGCAAGGAACAGUAUGUGGCGCUUUGGGUAUCCAAAUCCUGUAAAUUACAAUGACAAUGAGCUGUUUUGCGGUGGAUAUGCAGUUCAAUGGGUGCAGAAUAAUGGUGAAUGUGGAGUUUGCGGUGAUGCUUAUCAUUUAAACACCCCAAGACCACACGAAGCAGGAGGUGAAUACGCUAAAGGAACUAUUGUUAGACAUUACACCGUUGGACAGGAUAUUGAUGUCGAAAUUGAAUUAACAGCAAAUCAUCUCGGUCGUUUUGAAAUGUAUCUUUGCCCAAACAACAAUCCAAGGAGUGAAGCAAACCAAGAAUGCUUCGAUAGGUACCCAUUGUAUGUAUCUGGAACCAGGGACGUCCGUUUUGAGAUUCCUGUAGAAACGGAAAGGAAAGCUAUAUUUCGAUAUAGAGUAACUUUACCGUCCUACAUUACAUGUUCACAAUGCGUGAUACAGUGGAAUUAUUAUACCGGUAACAUGUGGGGUACCUGUGAAAAUGGAACCGAAGCAAAUGGGUGUGGAAGACCAGAAACGUUUCGAAAUUGUGCUGACGUAAGCAUCGUUACCAGCACAGCUGGUGUGCCACCACUUUUCGUGCAACAGGAUAAUCCCUUUUUACUUUAUUAUAAGGAUUAUCGUUCUCCAAAUAAUAUAUUCCCUCUCGUUGUUAGAUCUCAGGUAUGCCUAGCUACUUCCCUUUACCGUCGUAUUCCGGGAAUGAACGACUGGUGUCAAACUAACUGUCUUCGAUAUCCACCAAAUUGUCCAGCCGCUAUUUGUCAAUGCCCGGAAGAGUGCGACGCAAUCGGAGAAAUCGCUGGCAGAGACGGUGCAAGUGUAUACUGUAUGGAUAAAUGCCUCGUGUAUCCACCUAACUGCCCAUCUCAUCGUUGUCGUUGCUAUUAAACAAAUUAAGCUCAUAUUUAGAAAUAUUAGUUUACAUUUGAAAUAAUUACGUCUUUUAAAAAAGAAUUAUACAGUAUUAAACACAGCAAUAAUUCUGUGAUUUUAUAUUCAACGAACGUUUCAAAAUGAACUCAUCAUUUACUGCCUUUUUGGAUACAGUCAUAACUAAUUAAUACACACAAAAAUAAAACAAUUAUUUCUGUCAUUUAAAUCGGUUACUCUUUUUGAUUCAUGAGAUUACGAACCUGUUCCAUUACUUUUUUAAA